AUGCCAAGUUCAACUGCAAUCAAAGAAUCCAACAUUGAUGUUUUGAUUAUUGGUGCUGGUCCAUCAGGUUAUAUGGCUGCCCUUUGGUUAGCUAGAUGUGGUAUUCCAACUAGAAUCAUUGAUAAAAGAGCUAAUGAAGUUUUCACUGGUCAAGCUGAUGGUUUACAAAGUAGAUCUUUAGAAAUUUUCAAAUCAUUUAGUGAAGAUAGUUUUGAUUGGGUUACUAUGGAUCAAGCUUGGAAAUGUGCUAAUCAAAUGCAAGAAAUUGCUUUCUGGUCUCCAGAUGAAAAUGGUGUUAUUACAAGAAAUUCAAGAAUUCCAGAUUCUAUUCCAGGUAUUUCAAGAUAUACUGAAUCAGUUAUUCAUCAAGGUAAAAUUGAAGAAUGGUUUACUGAAUCAAUAAAGCAAUUCUCAGGAGGUUCAGUAAAAGUUGAAAGACCAUAUUUACCAGUUUCAAUUAAAAUUGAUGAAGAUAAAAAAGAUGCACAAGAUUAUGCUGUUGAAGUUUUAGUUAAAAAACUUAGUGAUGAUUUAGCCAAAACAGAACAAUUUGGCGCAAAAGUUGCUAAUGGUUUAUUCAGAGCUUUUGAUGGUGAUCAAGAUAAAUAUUAUGGUGAUGGUAUUGGUGAAGAAGAUCCAAAUGAUUUUGAAAUAAUUAGAGCUAAAUAUGUUUUAGGUUGUGAUGGUGCUCACUCAUGGGUUAGAAAACAAUUAAACAUUGAAAUGGAAGGUGAACAAACCGAUUUCGUUUGGGGUGUUGUUGAUAUUGUUCCAAUUACUGAUUUCCCAGAUGUUAGACUUAGAUCUGCUAUCCAUUCAAAAGACCAUGGUGCCGUUAUGGUUAUCCCAAGAGAAAAUGAUAUGGUUAGAUUAUACAUUCAAUUAAAAGAGGUUGAUAGAGAUCCAUCAACAUCUGAUGCUAAGAGAGAUUUUGUUGGUAAGAUUGAUGAUAAAUUAGUUAAAUCAAAAGGUAGAAUUGAUAGAUCAAAAAUUACUCCAGAAACUAUUUUAAAACAAGCUAAAGAAAUUAUGGCUCCAUACAGUAUUGAUAUGGUUGAUAAUACUUGGUAUACUGCUUAUCAAAUUGGUCAACGUGUAGCUAAUGCAUUCCACAAAAGUAAUCGUGUUUUCAUUGCUGGUGAUGCUUGUCAUACUCAUUCACCAAAAGCUGGUCAAGGUAUGAAUGUUUCAAUGCAAGACACUUAUAAUUUAGGUUUCAAAUUAGCUUUGGUUUGUAAAGGUUUAGCUAAGCAAGAUAUCUUGCUAACUUACGAAGAUGAAAGAAUGAAAGUUGCUCGUGAUUUAAUUGCUUUUGAUCAAAAAUUCUCAAAAUUAUUCAGUAGUAAACCACAAGUUCCAAAUGCUAAAAUCUUAGAAGGUGAAGCUGCUGGUUUUGAAAUGGAUGAAUUCCAUCAAGUCUUUUUACAAGGUUCAAGAUUUGCAAGUGGUACUAUUUCAGAUUAUGAAACUUCAUUAUUAGUUAAUAAAGAUGGAACUUCACAUAGAGAAAAUUAUGGUGAUUACAAUGCUUUAGCUUCAAAAGUUCCAAUUGGUCAAAGAUUAUAUAGUGAUCAAAUGUUGGGUCAAAUUGAUCAUAGACCAUGGCACAUUGCUGACCGUUUACCAUCAGAUGGUAGAUUCAGAGUUUUAAUCUUUGCUGGUGAUGUUAAACAAUAUCCAGAAAAUAUGGAAAUUUUAAACAAAUAUAAUGAUAAAUUAAUGGGUGCAGAUAGUUUUGUUACUAAAUAUACUCCAGUCAAUGCUUUCUUCAAUUCAGUUAUUGAAAUUUUAACAAUUCAUGCUACUUUAAGAAAUGAUAUUGAAUUUUAUGAUUUCCCAGAAUUUACAAGACAAAAAGAUUUCAAAAAACGUACUGAUUAUUGGAGUUUAUUUUCUGGUGUCGGUAAAACUCAUGCUGAUAAUGUUAAAGUUGAUAUUUAUGAAACUUAUGGUAUCUGUAAAAAAGCUGGUGCUAUUCUAAUUUUAAGACCAGAUUCUCAUGUUGCUGAAGUUAUUGAAUUUACUGCUGAUGGUAUUAAUCAAGUUGAAAAAUACUUUGAUGGUUUCAUGUUAGAUCAAUCUAAGAAUGUUUUACCAGAAAAACCAUUAGAUGUAAUUGAUUCAGACAGAUUUGUUAAACCGAGAUUAGCUAUCUAG